ACAAGCUCCGAAAAAGCGCGGUUAUCGGAGCAACAACUUAUAACGAAUUAACGAUAUUACCCUCUCUCACUCCGACGACUUUUCUCAAUUUCCAUCAAAUAUCCCACGAACACUUUUCACAAUCAUCCCCCUUACAAAUUACGAUUCAAUCAAUCUUGUUGAUUUUUCUUCUUCUUCAUCCUCUUCUAAAUUAAAACUAAAAUGUACAUUCAAUCAUGUACAGAGAUCAAUCAAAACUCAGUCGUUUUGAUCUCCUUUUAACACUGUUUUAGAUCCUCUUUCUCAUCGUUUCUUCAGCAUCAUCAUUUCAUUUCCAGAUAUAUUUGCAACCAUGAAGGGAAGAAAGAUCUUCGGUAUAUCCCUCUCCCUCAUUCUCAUCAACAUGGCAGCUGUAAUGGAAAAAGCUGAUGAAAAUCUUCUCCCUUCAGUAUACACAGAAGUAAGCCAAGCCUUCAAUGUUGGACCUGCUGAUCUAGGGUACCUAACAUUUGUCAGAAACUUUGUACGCGGAUUAGCAUCCCCUUUAGCCGGAAUACUCGUCAUUCACUAUAACCGUCCCACAAUCCUCGCUGUGGGGACCGCCUUUUGGGCAGUAUCAACUGCAGCAGUCGGGGUUAGCCAGCAAUUUAUGCAAGUUGCUUUCUGGCGGGCUGUAAACGGGUUUGGUCUUGCAAUAGUAAUACCAGCACUUCAGUCUUUUAUAGCUGAUAGUUACUUAGAAGGUGUAAGAGGGACUGGUUUUGGGUUGCUUAGUUUUGUUGGUAGUUUUGGUGGGAUUGGAGGCGGUGUUGUGGCGACUGUUAUGGCUGGUCAUGAGUUUUGGGGUGUGCCAGGGUGGAGAGUUGCCUUUAUCAUGAUGGCUAGUUUGAGUAUGAUGAUUGGGUUGCUGGUUUUUCUGUUUGUUGAAGAUCCGAGAAAGUAUCCCUCUUCUGAUUCUUCUGAUAGGAAUGCUUUGAUGAUUGGGAAAUAUAAUGGAAGUUCAGUAUCCAUUUGGAAGGAGUCAGUAACAGCAAUGAAAUCUGUAAUGAAGGUGCAAACAUUUCGGGUUAUUGUUUUGCAGGGCCUAAUGGGUUCACUACCGUGGACGGCCAUGGUGUUUUUUACAAUGUGGUUCGAAUUAAUUGGAUUUGAUCACAAUUCAUCAGCAGGACUCCUCAGUCUCUUUGCUUUCGGAACAGCAAGCGGGGCCCUCCUCGGUGGGAUAAUCGCAGACAGAAUAACCCGUUUCUACCCUCACUCAGGCAGAAUAAUCUGUGCACAAUUCAGUGCAUCAAUGGGCAUCCCAUUCUCCUGGUUUCUCCUUACAGUAAUCCCACAAUCUGUAAAUAGCUGGUUCAUUUACGGAACCACUCUAUUCUUUAUGGGUCUGAUCAUAAGCUGGAACGGGGCUGCUGCGAACGCACCCAUGUUCGCUCAAGUCGUGCCAGCUAAGCACAGGACAAUGAUCUACUCAUUUGACCGCGCAUUUGAAGGGUCUUUCUCUUCGUUUGCUGCACCAUUGGUUGGAAUACUGUCGGAAAAGAUAUAUGGGUAUGACCCGAAGUCUGUUCACCGUGUUGGUGGUGGGUCGGGUCAAGAGGCGUAUGCAUUGUCCCGAGGACUUCUUACAAUGAUGGCGGUUCCUUUUGGUUUAUGUUGCUUGUUUUACACGCCGUUGUAUUGGGUUUUUAAGCAUGAUAGGGAGAAGGCUAGGUUGGCUACAUUAAGGGAGGAAGUAGCUAUUAGUUCAGCAAUUGACAAGGAGUGAUCUUGUUUUCUUUGAAGGAUUUGUUGUUGUUCUGUAGACCUAGGUCAUGUAAGCGCGCGCUCGAUGUUAGAAAGUAAGUGUGAGGAUUGGGUCCCACAUUGGAAGAUGAAGCAACGAGUUUCUAGUUUAUAGCCUAACUGGUUUACUCCUUCUAUUGUCAAUUGGUUUUAGGAUGGAACCUUACUUGGGCUAUGUUAGUGGGACCACACGAGCUUAAAGGCGCCUGCAAAUGCCACGAGAUACCACUCUAGCUAGUAGUAGCUAGGCUAAUGUAAAAUGCUAUUUCUUGUAUACUAAUUGGAUUUAUUGGCCUUAAGGUCAAAAAUUUAUCAAUUUUGAUGUUGAAAGUUGCUCGAAUUAUUCGACUA